CUUUCUGGCCGCACGAUGCCGUCCCUGCUGGUGCUCAGUUUCUCCGCGUGCGCCCUGCUUGGCUGGGUGUCGCUGGCCGGCGGCGCGGGUGGCGGUGGCGGGGGCGCGGGCCCCGGCGGCGGGCGCCGGGAGCGAGAGGCGCUGCCGCCGCAGAAGAUCGAGGUGCUGGUGCUGUUGCCCCGGGACGACUCGUACUUGUUCUCGCUGGCCCGGGUGCGGCCGGCCAUCGAGUAUGCGCUGCGCAGCGUGGAGGGCAACGGCACCGGCAGGCGGCUUCUGCCGCCCGGCACUCGCUUCCAGGUGGCCUACGAGGACUCGGACUGCGGCAACCGCGCGCUCUUCACCCUGGUGGACCGCGUGGCGGCGGCGCGGGGCGCCAAGCCCGACCUCAUCCUGGGGCCGGUGUGCGAGUACGCCGCGGCGCCGGUGGCCCGGCUGGCGUCGCACUGGGACCUGCCCAUGCUGUCUGCCGGGGCGCUGGCCGCCGGCUUCCAGCAUAAGGACUCCGAGUACUCGCACCUCACGCGCGUGGCACCCGCCUACGCCAAGAUGGGCGAGAUGAUGCUAGCCCUGUUCCGCCACCACCACUGGAGCCGCGCCGCGCUGGUCUACAGCGACGACAAGCAGGAGCGGAACUGCUACUUCACCCUCGAGGGGGUCCACGAGGUCUUCCAGGAGGAGGGCUUGCACACGUCCGCCUACAGUUUCGACGAGAGCAAAGAUCUGGAUCUGGACGACAUCGUGCGUUACAUCCAGGCGAGUGAGCGAGUGGUGAUCAUGUGUGCGAGCGGCGACACAGUCCGGAGCAUCAUGCUGGCGGCACACAGGCACGGCAUGACGGGUGGAGACUACGCCUUCUUCAACAUCGAGCUCUUCAACAGCUCUUCCUACGGAGAUGGCUCGUGGAAGAGAGGAGAUGACUAUGACUCUGAAGCCAAGCAGGCAUACUCGUGCCUCCAGACAGUCACUCUACUGAGGACAGUGAAACCCGAGUUCGAGAAGUUCUCUCUGGAGGUGAAAAGUUCUGUUGAGAAGCAAGGACUCAAUGAGGAGGAUUACGUGAACAUGUUUGUUGAAGGAUUCCACGACGCCAUCCUCCUCUACGUCCUGGCUUUACACGAAGUACUCAGAGCUGGUUACAGCAAGAAGGAUGGAGGGAAAAUUAUCCAGCAGACUUGGAACAGAACAUUUGAAGGUAUUGCCGGACAGGUGUCCAUAGACGCCAACGGAGACCGAUACGGGGACUUCUCUGUGAUCGCCAUGACUGACACGGAAGCAGGCACCCAGGAGGUUAUCGGGGAUUACUUUGGAAAAGAAGGUCGUUUUGAAAUGCGCCCUAAUAUCAAAUAUCCCUGGGGUCCUUUGAAAUUGAGAAUAGAUGAGACCAGACUCGUGGAGCAUGCGAACAGCUCUCCUUGCAAAUCAUCAGGUGGUCUAGAAGAAUCAGCGGUGACAGGCAUUGUUGUAGGGGCCCUCCUGGGAGCUGGGUUGCUAAUGGCCUUCUACUUUUUCAGGAAGAAAUACAGAAUAACCAUUGAGAGGCGAAACCAGCAAGAAGAAAGUAACGUUGGAAAACAUCGGGAGUUACGAGAAGAUUCCAUCAGAUCCCAUUUUUCGGUGGCUUAAAAGAAGCCUAAUUUUUUUUUCCCUUUCUGCCUGAGGUUACUUAAAGAGAUAGCUGGAAUGAAAGACAUCAGUGGAACAGAAGGGGUGUUCUUGAAGCAUUCAUUCUUUUAAGUGGUCAUUUCAUUUUAAACAUUCUUUAGAAGCUCAGGAACUAUUAAUCACGAUCUUCCUCCCGGCCUUUCAUCUCAUGACAAACAAAUAUAAGGAUGUAAUGUCACUUUGCUAAGUGUUCAUACUGCUUCAAGGGCAUAUAAUUAGAUUUAUGUUUUAAAAUCUGAUGUCUCCAUAUCUUGAUGGCUCUUGGGGACAUUUCACACAAGGACAUAAAAUGUGAUUUUCCUACAUGAAAUAUUUUGUAGCUAGAAUAAAAUCAUUUUUACAAGUAGAAUAUUCUUGGGAAGAGUUUGACACCCAAUAAGAAGGAAAUGUAAUGAGAAAAUCUCGAGGUUGGGAAUACACCAUCGCUCUCUCUGGAGCUGGCAGAGAGAUGGUUGAGGAUUGCUGUGUCCAAUGUCUGCAUUCAGGUUGACUUUGAAUCUGGAAAAGCAUUUUUUCCUUGUCUCCUUCAGAGUUUCAUAAGAGCUACUCUGGAAAGUUGUAAAUAUUAGUGAGGUAGGAAGAUUUAUACAAGAAAAGCAAAUCUGAAUUUUGUGUGUAAAAAAAGCCCUAUUUCACACUAACAUUUUUAUUUUUAACUAUCUUAAUCUUAUAUUUUGGUAUUAGAAAAUGUGUCUAUUUUUUCAUUUUGAAGAUUAAAUUUCACUUAUAUUUUAAAAGCAUGGGUCAAGUGUAUAACAAGCCAGUAAUGAUCAAAGAAAGACGCUUUUCUUUUUCUCCAUUCCUCCUUCUCCUGGUCGUAGCCAAAUGCCAAUUGCUGCUUUAAUUACAGAGAUCUAAAGAUGUAUGUAGAUUGCAAACUCUACAGGAGUACAUCCAUUUUUAAACCAUUUGCAUUUUGAACCAUUUAAAAUGCAAUCUGUUGCUGGGCUGUAUCCCUUCCAGUUCUGGCCAAAUGGUGUUUCAAGAUCCAGAGUGAAAAGUGAUUAGAAUUAGGCAAAAUUUUAAAGGGAGGUAGCCCUUCCCCUUCAAGAAUAACUUAAGAGAGACUUAGAACUUGACAGUAGGAUGGAAUUGAUAAAAAAGAGAAAUGCAUGGCAUUUACCAGAAUUCACAAUGAUAAGUUUGGAUUUUUUCCCCUUUAAUAACAGUCUUUAACUUUAAAAGUUUAUGGAGGUAAUCUAAGUACCUUCUAUGUGAGUGUUCAUUCUCAGUCUACUCUGCAGUUUCACAGGCACCCACCAAUAACCUGUGUGACAGUGGGUUGGGUGUGGGUGUAAGGCAUUGGGAUGAUUUGUAGGGAUUUCCUGGAUAUCUGCUUUGCCCCCAGUACUCUGCACGUAGGUUUAUUCUCAGGUUGUCACAUUCACUUACAGCUGUGGAGAAAACAGACAGCAAGGAAAGAAAGGGAAGUGUCAGGUAAGAGUGCUGUUCUGUAAUGUCGUUAGGUUAUUUCCUAGCAACAUUUUGAUGAAAAGUACUUUUGCAAAUGAUCUUAGUAUCUAUAAAAGACAGGGACACAGGGGAGUUUAAGCAGGUUCUUGUUGGUGAUGGAGGUUGUAAUUCACACUGGUAACAGAAGAGGAAAAAGUGAGUGACAGAUCUGUAUCUUAAAUCUUGGCUUAAAUUUAAAUCUUAAAUCUGCCUCUGUCCACUGCCAUCACAAUGAACUGAUGAUAUCUGCCUGAGGCACCUUUCCUCUCCGUAGUUUGACAAAUGGAAUGCAGGAUGUAGGCUUGACAGAAUGGGAAGGCAGGGUAGAAGAAUUAACUGUGAGGAACUGAGACAAUGUUGCAGUCUGUCCUGCUAGAUAGAAAGAGAAGAGUGCUGGAUUCAAACAAGGAUGGAAAAAGAAGGCAAGAAAGACAGGCGCAAAAAAUUCUAAUGGAAGAAGAGGGUUUGAAAAUAAAACCCAGGACAGCAAAACAUUUGACAGCUUGGGACUCCCCCAGGUGAGAAGAGAAUGGAAAGAGUGCUCUAUUCUCAGUCAUAGGAAUUGGAGAGCUUAUUUCUCUCAUUCAAAUUCUUCAUGAUGUUUUCUUAUCCUCUAGAGAUAAUAAUUUUCUAUUAUUUUGUGUUGCUAAAAAACACUUACAUUUUGAGCCUGUAUUUGUAUUUUUGGGGAGGGGUAGGGAAUACUGUCUACCUGGCUUCAGUCUUUGGGUUCUGAACGUGUCCAGUCUUUCUAGAGUUUACAUAAUAGUCCAUCAGCACUAACAGUUUUAGAGGAAAUAUCCUUUAUUUCUACUGCAGGUAGAAGAAUAAUUAUAUAUAUAUAUAUUAAAGAUUUAUUUAUUUUUCACUUGAGAGUCAGAGUUACACAGAGAGAGCAGAAGCCGAGAGACAGAGAGGGAGAGGGGUCUUCCAUCCGCUGGUUCACUCCCCAACUGGCCGCAACGGCUGGAGCUGUGCCGAUCCGAAGCCAGGAGCCAGGAGCUUCCUCCAGGUCUCCCAUGUGGGUGCAGGGGCCCAAGUACUUGGGCCAUCUUCUACUGCUUUCCCAGGCCAUAGCAGAGAGCUGGAUUGGAAAUGGAGCAGCCGGGACUAGAAUCGGUGUCCAUAUGGGAUGCUGGUGCUUCAGGCCAGGGCGUUAACCUGCUGCGCCACAGCGCCAGCCCAGAAGAAUAAUUAUAAACUUAUUAUAUCCCUGGAUAAGAUCUUGAAGAUAGAUGAGGAUUUAUUAUUUAAAAAAAAUGGCAAAGCAAAUUACAAUGUUUCUGGUAUGAGGAUACCAUUCUCUUCCAAUUAAGCAAAUUCUGCUGUUUUUAAAGAUUAAUUUGCAUGUCUGCUAUUAUUUGUUCCCUGAAAUCUUCAUAUGAAUUACCAAAACUCCAUUAAGUUUCGAAAACUCCAAAAGAUUGGAGAAAUCUCUGCAAAAAAUAUAGGUGUCAAGCAUAAGUUGUCUUUACGUUAAGACUUCUUAACCCAGAUUGUAUUUUGCAAUGCUAAGUAACAUCUUUGACAAAUAUCAUUCAUAUUCUGCCAGUAGCCACAUAUCAUAUAGUAAAAUAAAUUGUGCUUUAGUUUUUAAAUCAUUUCUAUAAUUUUUUUUUACCCUGAAAUCUAGGAUAUUCAAAUUUCAAAAGGCUAUUUUAUCUGUAUUUUCUCAAAUACUGUCAAACAAGCUUACGUUGAAACAGACCCAAAGGGGUGUGUACUCUUUUGGUGUGGAAAUAAGUAUCGGUUUUAUGGUAGUCAUUGUCUUUUUGGAUUCAGAGGGGAUGAAGAAAUAAAAGGUUCACCUAGAUGGUAACUUCCAUCUGGAAAGAACUUUCCCUACAGAGUGCAUGUCUUCCUUUAGCCUGGGCACGGAUUUUGUGAGGAAAGCCCUAUAAACAUUACAUUUCUCUGAAGAACCAUCAACUUCCUGAACCUCAGACAUGGUUCCACAGGCCUUACAUCUUUACUUUUCAGGAGCUGUAUUUAAUAGAGGGAGAAGAGAAAUAUUUGAAAAGAGAAUGCCUCUCUCUCCUCUCAAAUUCAAAGCCUUUGCUUGGUGAUGCCAAUCACUUCUCCCUCUUCACAGGCUUCCAGAAUCGUUAAUUUACUCAAAGCACAGGUGCCUUCCUUGUCCCUAACUAACUGCUUUCCUUCUGGUUGUGGCUGAUUUGGGGGUGCCUACAGCUUACAGUAAGUAGUGAAAUUAAGGUCAUUGUUUAGACCACAUCCAGACAGUGGCAGGGGUUCACAGCAGGUUCCAGUGGCCUCACCACCUCCUUGUGAGUAAACACUAGCUAUUUGUGGGAGUCUUCUCAGGAGACCACAUGGAAUAUUACUCCACUGGUAUUAAGAAUAAGUCCAUCAAUGGGAAGGAAUGAGUACCUAUAUGUCUUGGGAGACAGAGGACUCAGAUCUUGACUGUAUACAACUACCAAGGCAAAUGCCAACUGAAAUUAGGCCUCUGGAUCCAUGUUUCAUGGGUUUUAUUCAGUAACACCCUGUGGUUCAGGGCUUCAUGAGGAAACUGGUAAUGAGCUGAAUUUCCUGAUCAGUAGGGAAAACAGAAACUAAGAGCACAGCAUAUGUUUUAAAGCAGAGAGAAUGGAGAUGGUGGUGCUCAGGGGGACUAGUUUACUUUUCAGUUGGUCUUUAGAACAGAAGAAUAGCUAAUAGUUUAGUUCCUCUGCCGCAGGGAGUCUCAGCAAGAAGCUUGGGACGUGCCAAGUGAGAAGAAUCAGGAGCUUGGUUCUUCAAAAGAAAGAGAAGAGGGUAGCUUUGCAGGCUGCUUCUGUCUUUACCCCUUCCUCCCAUCACCUGCAUCCACCCUGCAUCACGCCUUCAGUGGUGGACAGCAUCUUGCUCAUGCAGGUGGAAGCCUGUGAGCAGGCCUCCGCCCUCCCCAGAGCGAAAAAGAUGGAACAGUGCUGGUUUUAAGGUAGCUGGCUUUGAGUCGGCAGCCUUGCUUUAGCUAGACCACACGUGCUCUCUGGGCAAUGUGAGCCUGGGAUGUGCAUGUACUCCAACAAGCCUGGCUUUGGUUUUCAGCGUGCAGAUUUCAAAAAUGUCUCGUGUGGGAUUAAAACAACAUUUGAAAGGUGCUGGAUUGGAGUUUGUUCAAAUUUCUCAUUAACCACUAAUGUUAAUUAAUACCAAAGGUAAAUCAUUCCAAACCAGCGGAUGCUGUUCAUGUCUGUGUUUUAAGCUACUUUAAACACAAUGAAAGGGUUUCAGUGGAACUGAGUCUUAGACAUAAGAAUCCUUGUGUUAUGAGAGCUCUUUGAGGUGUAAGGUAUGGGAUGAUUCCUAGGCAAGAGAUUUAAACAAGCAGAAUCUGGAGUUAGCAAAAAUGCUGCAUUGUUUUGAUUCACGUUUAGAAACCUAAAUUUCUAUGCACAAGGAAUAAAGGAUCCACGUACCAAGUGUAAAUCACCCCAUAGGCUACCAAAUUAUUUUUUAUUUGCUAGGAGAACAAAGCGGUCAUAACACAUAAAAAUCGGGCAGAGACUGCUGAGAAAGAGGAAUAUUUGCAUUUUGAAACAGGAUGUCCUAUAUAUUGUUGAACACCAAGAUCUGACAAUCUUUGCAAGAUGGGAAUGAUGUGCCCCUCACAGCGUGGGGCUGCUGUGUUGGGUCCUGGGAAUCUGAGCUUUGUUCCCUGUGCGUGAGGAUCAUUGAAGCCAAGAGGUCAUGGGAUACGCACUGUGGAGGGUCAGUUCUGCAGCCCUUGUCUUCUGGGCCAUGCUAUUCAUUGUUAAUUUAAACAUAGGACUACCAAGCCAUACAAACUGACCAUGAGUUUGGUAGAGAAGUGAAGGUGAAAUCUGCACAAGCUGCAUACAGUUUAUUAUUCUAAUGUAAGUAGAACUAUCUGCAUAUAAUGUGAUUUAAUUUAUUGUCAUUUUGUGUAGAAAUGAGAAUUAGUGACUGUGGAUAUAACCCCUGUUUUGUAUAAUAUAUUUUAUUUCUGGUGCAAACUGGUCAUUUAAAAUAUCUAAUUCAUUUGGUGUUUGGAUAUAAAUAUGUAUGUGUUCUUGUAAAUGUUUCUAUUAAGCAAGAAUGCCACAUCCUUGGAGUAUAACAAUGUGUUCCCAUUAAAAAAUACAUCCCACAGAAACCUUUUCCUGUUUAUAAUUCAACCAACAUACAUUGCACGUCUCCAUGUUCUCUGAGGACUUUCCGUUCUCCUAGACCUAGUAGAAGUAAAAGAUCAGUCAAUGGGCAUGAUGAAUUGCAGUAUUUGAAUGAUACCCUUGAAUGGAGCCAUGAAUUUCUGCUCAAAGAUGGGCACUCGGUACAGUGAGUAAGAUGCCAGUUAGGAUGCCUGUGUUCCAUAUAGGAGCACCUGGGCUUGAUACCCAGCCCUGGCUUCUGACCCCAACUUCUUGCUAAAUUAGUCCUUGGGAAGCAGCAAUGAUGGCUCCAGUACUCAUGUCCCAGCCACCCACAAGGGAGACUGGAUUGAGUUCCUGACUUCUGGAUUUGACCUGGCCCAAUUCUAGCUGUUGCAGGCAUUUGGGGAAUGUGCUAGUGGAUGGGAGCUCUGUCUGUCUGUUUGUGUCUCAUAUAAAUAGGUCAAAGAAGCAUUCCUGCUCAUAAAAGGGAAAUUUGUAGAAAGAAGAAAUUUUUUAACUGUUAUUAAAACAAGGGGCAAGGGGUUGGUGCUGUGGUGUAGCGGGUAAAACUGCUGCUUGUAGUGCUGGGAUUC